AGCGCCCCGGUGUGUACCUUCGUAUCAUCCGAAGCCCGCGCCUGAUAACCUUAGUCCCUAUUUAACGCCGUCCAGGCCCUAUUCGGGAACUCUGUGUUUGGAGAUCUCUUGGCCAGCUGCGGCUACAGGUUGUGUCCGGUCAUGUUCUAACUGGUUUGUAGGUUGUUCUAAGUCAGGCAGUGUUCGUCAAUGUCGGCCAGGGGGAGGCUCGAUUACUCCAGUACCUCGUCUGGUCAGCGGCCCCGUCAGGAUUUAACGGUUUCCAGGAACUGGUCAGUUCUGAACCCCAGUAUGCCACAACGCAGACGGCUGGUGGGUGCUGGAUUACGCUUAGUUCUGCUCAGUUUUGAUCUUGGCCCGCCUCGUUGAUUUUACCGUAGCUUAAUGUUGCGUUAACAAAGGGUUGGUGGUUUUCAUGUACGUAAAACUUGUGAGUUAUCAAAUUUUUAUGUGACACUUCUUGGAUUAGGCUGAUAUUGGACCUGGAAUUGAUUAAAAAUAGGCUACUAUUGGAUCUGUCAUUGAUUAGGCUACUUUUGGACCUGACAUUGAUUGAUAUCCCAACUAACAUGAUUGGUGUGCUUCCCCUUGUACUAAAAUCAAAUACUGCGGUAGAAAACCUUAAAAAUACAUUAAAAAUGUUUUUAAAAAUUUGUUUCCUAAUAAUCCAGGAGAGAAAAGCUGUUAUAGUACUUGACUCCUAAAUUUCUCUUAGAUUUCAUUUUCUAUGUUACAUUCUCUGACACACAAAGAAAAAUGCAAUUUGUCAAAAACAAAUUGUGAGAUCAACAUUGGCAAUUCUCAAAAAAAGACAUGAACUGUGUCUUUGAAAUUAGCAGGACAAUAGUUUUUAUUCCUGUUCUUUGACUCAACAAUAGGAAACAACAUCUUACGGUCUGUCUGUUUUGUCCAUUUCAGAACUAUCCUUCUCGCAGCAUGCCGGCCAACAGUCCCAACACCACCUCAAGCCAGUCCUCCAACCAGAGCCAGUCUGGAGAGCCCUUAAGUAGGACGAAUCUGUACAUCAGAGGUUUGAACCCUAACACCACAGACAAGGACCUGGUCAAUUUAUGUAACUCGUAAGUGACGUCCUACCAUCAUGUUAAUUAUAAGAGCAUGUCAAAAAUAUAUAUCCUGCCAUCAUGCAGAGAAUAAGAACUAGUUAUUCAUGCCGGGCCUGUAAAAUAUGUGACGUUAUUUUAUAUCAUCAUAUACAAAAUGAGAGGAAGUUCACCUAAAAUAUGAAAUGAAUAGUCAAGUAACAAAAUUCAACAUUGUUAUCUCAGUUAAAAAAGAUUGAACUUAAUGGUGAUGUCAUAGUAUUAAAAACUUGCAUUAAAUCAAUUUUUUUUUUUUAAACUAACCCCGUGUAUUUAUCAACAACAUUAAAUUAUAGAAUUCAUAUAUUUCCACUUCUCAUUACAUAUGCUACAACCAUUCACAGUAUCAUUACACAUUGCAACCUUCUAUAAAUUACAAAUGCGAAUCUAAAACAUAUAUCAUAUAUUCACUAUAUUUUAUUACUUUUUAUAAACUAACACUGGAAACAAGAUUUUGUUCACAUAUAAUUUUUUAAAUAGGGUUUAGCCUUUGGGUUAUCUUUCAGAUUUGUUGUGUUCAGUUCACACGAACCAUAAUAUUUUGUCGUUAUAAUUCAAUGAUUAGUUAAUUUAUAGCUUCAGGUAUUGACCUUUUCCUUUGCCACACCAUGUCACGUGUUCUAUUUUAUAAUCUUCUAUUUUAUAAUCAUGAAAAAUUGAUAAUGGGCUUGAGUUUAGUUCAAAUGUUUAACAUUCUGGCUAUUUUGGGUUAUAGAUAACUCUCAAACACAAUAGAUUACUCUCAUACUCUCUCAAACACAAUAGAUUACUCUCAUACUCUCUCAAACACAAUAGAUUACUCUCAUACUCUCUCAAACACAAUAGAUUACUUUAGACUCUCAUAGCAUGAUAGAGUACUCUAAAACACAAAAGAUUACUCUCAUACCACAAUACAUUACUCGCAAACACAAUAGAUUAUUCUCAUAGCACAGUUUUAUUUUUAAUAUAUAACAACAUAAUAAAAUAACGUGUGAACAAGUAAUCAUAAAAUUAAAAAAAUUAUUUACAAAAAAGCCCUAGAUUUUGCCAUCACGUGAGGCUUAAGAGGCCUGUUCCCUUUCGUUGAACAAUUUCAACAAAAUUGUAUUUUACAAGCAAAAAAUAUAGGAUUAAUGCAAAUUUUUAAAAAAGAUUUUAAAAUCAAUUCUGAAACUAAAUACUGUAAUAUAGAAAUUGUAUCAUAAUUAUAACGAGACUGUAGCAUAUUGAAAUUGUAUUAUGAUUAUAAAUGAGACUGUAGCAUAUUAAAACUCUACCAGAAUGAACGUUUGCUCCUAAACUGAUUGUCUUCAUGUUUUACAAGCUGAUCAGGGUAAAUUAGGUUAAAUUGGGUUUAAAAUUAGAAUAAGUUGAAACAUGACGUACAGUAGAAUGUUGUUAAUGUCUUCCAGGUUCGGAAAAAUUACCUCAACAAAAGCCAUCAUAGACCAAACAACAAACAAAUGUAAAGGUAACAGCUGUUCAGUGUUGUUUUUCUCUGUCUGUGUGUGUAUGUGUGUCUGUUUGUGACAGUUUGUAGCAGUAAUUAGAUUAUGUAAUUUGUCACUGUGUUGUCCCAUGAUUUAAAGCAAAUUUGUAUCAGGAAAAAGUAUUUCUUUAAAAAAAAAAAAAAAAAAAAAAAAUACAAGAAUUAUGGUAACAUAUAUUAUCACCACAUGUUUUACAACAAGAGUCCUACAGUUGUAGAUCCUAUAGUUUUAACUACUACCGGCUGUGACAGGUCCAGUUUUAUACCAAAUCCAGUUUUAUACCAAGUUCAGGUUUAUACCGAGUCCAGAUGUGUACCAGGUCCAGUUUUAUGCCAUUCCUUGACCACCUUCCCACUUGACCAACGUCUACAUUAAUUACUUUCUGGAGGAUUGAUUUGAUUUCAGGGGGGGUGGGGGGGUGGGGGGCAUUGCAGGCGUUCAUCCUAUUAGUACAAACUACAGGACAAAAUACUUGGGUCAUGUAGCAGAGUUGCUCAGCUAUAAGACGAAGCUUGAUUCACUUGUCAACUACUGUUUCUUUUUCCUAUUGUGUCUUGAUUACUAUUUCACCUCGUAUAUCUUUAUUCCCAUUUCUCCUACUGUGUCUUGAUUCCCAAUUCACUACUGUGUCUUGAUUCCCAAUUCACUACUGUGUCUUGAUUCCCAUUUCACCUCGUAUAUCUUGAUUCCCAUUUCUCCUACUGUGUCUUGAUUCCCAUUUUACCUGGUAUGUCUUGAUUAACAUAUCACAAACUGUGUCUUGAUUCACAUUUCCCUUACCGUGUCUUGGCAUUUUUUUGGGCUGCAUUGGUUUUAAAUAGAAUACAAAAAUCAAUAGUACAUUGGCUUGAUUUAUUUGAGCGAAGGCUCAAGUGGUCCAACAUUAGUUACACAUGACUAGGACCCUGGUUAGAAUAGCUUUCAUUGAUUUACAGUUUACACACGUUCUCUGAGCUUAAAUACAUAGCUAGCUAAGUCUACUCGCAGGUUAAAGGGAUUGGCUUUAGGCUUCUAUAAAAUGUCCUAGAGCAGGGGUCGCCAACAUGAGGCCCCAACUAAGAUAACAUUACAUCAUGACUCGUUCGUAUCAUAUAUUUAUACAUUAUAGCUAUUAUAGCUAAGAUAAAUUUGUAAUACCCCCGCAUUUAAAAAAAAAAAAAAAUCAUUGGCUUUGAGCAAUUUUAAAUAUCCCUCAUUUUCUGGAAAAUUCAUAGAUUUUAGCUAUUUCAGUUAUCCCGCUGACACUUAAGUUUAUUAAGUUUACUUAGCUUUUAGUCCGACCAUAGGUGUUGAUGACAUUUGAUAUGAGUCUUCAACUUCUGAUAUAUAUGUUCUGAGGUAUUCGGCGUCUUACGGAAGCUCACAACGCCAUCUGGCUCAUACUCAAAACUACUUUCUGUCUCACAACGCUAUCAGGCUCAUACUCAAAACUACUUUCAGUAUCACAACGCUAUCAGGCUCAUACUCAAAACUACUUUCAGUAUCACAACGCUAUCAGGCUCAUACUCAAAACUACUUUCAAUCAAGUUCCGUGUUAUUCUGUACUUUCGUUCUAUUAUCGCCUCUGUGUCUGGAGAGCUUUGUAGCCUACUAUAAACUCAUUUUUUUUCGUGGAAAUUAAAACAAAACCCAUAUGUUUGAUAUUCAACGAACUAGUUUCUGUUUUGAAAGAGUAUAACAUCAAACGGCAUUACGAGACUAAACAAGCAAUGUAAAAGUUAAUUAUGCAGUAGCAAUGAUGCUGGCAAAGAAAUCGAAGCCAUAUUCAGAUGGUGAAAUGAUUAAGGAAUGUUUCGAGAGCGUCGUUGAAAUUCUGUGUCCAGAAAAGGAUUUCUCAAAAAUAAGUCUGUCAGACAGUUACUAGGUGUUUGGACGUCAUUGGAAAACAUAUUGAAGAUAAUUUGAAAAGUCGGGGAUCCGAGUUUAUAUUUUAUGCUCUAGCAUUGGAUGAAAGCAGAGAUAACACACACAACUUAACAACUUAUCGAGCUUGACAACGGAUGGUGCUCCAGUAAUGGUUAGGAAACAUGAAGGUUUAGUCAAAUUGUUUGAAAAUGAGGAGUUUCAAAGUCGCUAAUACCUCAAUGCGAAAUUUUCAUUGCAUUAGUCAUCAAGAAAGUUUAUGUUCGAAGUCCCUCAAAAUGGACCAUGUGAUGAAGGUGGUCGUCAAAAUAAUGAUCUUCAUUAAGUCGAGCGGGUUGAAUCACCGUCAGCUCCAAGAAUUUCUAAAGUCUUUGGACUCAGAUUAUAAUGACGUUACAUUUUCUGCAGACGUAAGAUGGCUGACCCGUGCCAAAAUGUUGAAAACAGUGUCUGAUUUGAAGCAAGAAAUACAAUCAUUCUUUGCAAUCAAAUCAAUAAGUAUCCCAGAGUUUGAAGGCAAAGAGUGGCUUUGCGAUUUUGCAUUUCUUGUCCAUAUAACUAGCCACCUAAAUGACAUUAAUACUCGUCUACAGGGGGAAGAUCAAUUAAUUAAUAAGAUGUAUGAUCAUAUUCCUGCAUUUCAAACUUUGUCGGUGGGAACAACAAUUCGGGUCAAAGAACUUGACUCACUUUCCUCCAUUGUCAUGGCAACCAGACGUCACACAGGAGGCGGCAAAUAAAUACGUUUCUUUGACAUCUGAUUUAAACCUCGAAUUUGAAAACCGAUUUCAGGAUUGUAAAAACCAUCACGUGCUUCUUUGUGCAUUUGCAACAACGCCAUUCGCGGUAGACGUGAAUUUAUAACCAGGAAGAUUACAAGUGGAACAUUGUGAAAUGUGUUGUGAUACACAGUUAAAGGAGACAUUCCAUCAAGUUGGUUUGGAAGAGUUCUAUAACACUUAUUUAGACAAGAAUAAACAUCCUCCGUUUUACAAAAAUGCUCUGUCGAUGGUUUCGCUCUUUGGAAACGAGUAUGUAUGUGAAUAGCUUUUUAGUCGUAUGAAGCAAAUCUAAUCACAAGUGCGAACACGGAUUACUGAUGUUCAUGUGCGUGUAGUGGUAACAUCAGUCGAGGUCAAUUUUGAUGCACUUAGUUCUGCAAAACAAAGUCAGACGUUUCCCUUUCAAAUAUUUUUAAAUUGUCAAAUACAUUUUUUUUUAUUCUCAGUUAUGCUGUAUUUUCUUCAAAAAAAUAAAUAGACCUAUUUCUUGGGUUGGUUGUUUGUUUUUGGUUUUUUUUUACAUUAAACCAGGCAAGCUUUUGACCACGGUCUCACCAUCUGGGAAGCGACGAUGUGGUCAAAGCUGUAGCACGCUUGCUUGUUUACUUUAAUUUUUUUUUUUUGAUAUUAGGUCAGUGGCCCCGCAGGAAAUGUGAUUUCUGAAAUUUGGCCCGCCUGCUGACAAGGUUGGCCGCCCCCCCCCCCCCCCGUCCUAGAGAGAAUUCCAGUUUUAAUUUUGUAUUGCUUCAUUGGUCUUAUUGCAGGAUAACAGUUAGCUGAAGAUAUAUAUAUAUAUAUAUAAAUAUAUAGAUUUUUAUGUUAAAUUGUUUUCUGUAAUAGAGUUGAGAUAAGGGAGUUUAUCCUCCACAAUUAUGUUUUCUUGAUUCCCUAUAGUUAGUAGUUAGUGGGUUUGAGUACAUAAGAAUUCCAAAAGAAUAUUAUGUGGGUUCAUUUCAACACUGCGUGUGGUGGGUUAUUUUAUGUAUAUAAGGGAUUAGUAGGGACAUGUUAUAUUUUCCCUCGACUUAAAUUUCUGACAUUUCUAUGUCCAGUGUUGUUGAAAAAAUAAUAUUUUAAAAUGAAAUCUGCAAAUCAGUGUACGCGCACCCCACAGCAGCCCAUUUCCCCCAUUUCACCCCAUUUCACCCCAUAGCACCCCAUAGCACCCCUUUUCACCCCAUUUCCCCCCAUAGCAUCUCAUCCUUAAAAAAAUUUAUAACCGUUAUUGAAAGGAGCGUGAAACUGAAAAAUUUUUUUUUUUUUUUUUUUGUGGAUCAGUUUGAUGUAUAAAUAAUCCUCAAACAAAUACAAUAUCAGUGGUUCCCACACUUUAUCAUCUGGUGUACUCUACUAUCCUGCUGUCACGAUAACCUGGCAGGGUCCGCUUGCUAAACUUUGGGUUGGAAUGGCUCUUUCAUAAAACAUUCAGCUUUCUGACCGUGUUAAAAAUUACAUAUUAGUUAUUUGAAACCACUCCUAGGAGCGUUUCAGAGUCACUUGAUUAUCACAUUUGAUCACCGUACCAUCUGGCCAGAAUGGCAAGCCAGAUAGCAUCCCCGGCACCACGGCCACAUUGUUAAUUAUAUUAACUUUGAUCGUCAUUUAUAUUCAUGGGCUGUUGCCUUUUAUGGCUCAUGGCUGCAUAACGCUUUAUUCAUCUUCUAACAACGAGGGUAGCCCGCGGCCAUGUCAAACAGCACGCAAGCUGCAGCACACAUGGCCAGCUGCAGCACACAUGGCCAGCUGCAGCACACUUGUCUGUCAUACGCGUGUUGCUACUCAAAGAAAAAAAAAAUUAUUUAAAAAAAGAAUUUUUUUUUAAAACAAUGUGAUUCUGGUGACAGCGUAAUGAAAAGUUAUAAUUAGAUUUUGCCAUCGUGAUUGGUUACUGCAAAAAAAAAGACGUAAAAUAAGUUUUGUUGAAAGUAGAGCAGAUCAAGAUCAAUUUUGUAGGAGGUUGCUUAAAAUUAUGCUGAAUAUAUUUCUUUUUAGAGAGUGAUACUGUUUGUAUGUGACUUCUGUUGUGUGACACCUCCGUUUGUGAUCAGUUACAAUUUCUUCAUAUCCAAUAGCUUUAUACUUUGAUUUGAUUACAAACCGACCCAUAUUUUAUACUUGUCUAUAUUUCAUGCUGUUCCCCAGGCUAUGGUUUUGUGGACUUUGAGAACCCCCAAGCAGCAGAAUUAGCGGUCCAGGCUCUACAGAACCAAGGCAUUCAGGCUCAGAUGGCCAAAGUGAGUUUUAUUGUUAAACACUGUAACUUCUAAUACACCAGACUGCACUAACUAUCCUACCAAUCUCAUUUUUUGAAGAAAAAAAAAAUCUACUAAGAGAAAUUCCAGAUCUAUGUUUGUAUGCCAUGGCAGCUAUUUCCUAGUGGAAACAUUUGGAAUAGCUAGCUGCUUGCUGAACAUCAGAAACAGUGUAGACUUGUACUCUCUUGGCGUAGGCCUACGCUCUUGGCCAAUUAAGUUGUUACAUGGGGUGAGGGGAACGGGUACGGACAUUAAAGCAGAGAACAUUCGAGAGAUAAUAUGGCUGUUAACAUCAUCUAGACCCGGGAUGAAAGGAACACGGCCAUCUUUUUUCUGAACAGACGACAGGAUUUCCGUAAUUACAAAAAAAUUAAGGAGUUUGAAGCCAGGCUCAGAGCACCGGCCCCUCUGUGUGGUUGAGAUGCGCUCCUAGUGAUGUCCAGAGCACUGGUGCAUCUGAGCAUGUGGUUGAGAUGCGCUCCUUUUGAUGUCCAGAGCACUGGUGCCUCUGUGUGGUUGGAUAUGUGCGCCUGAUGAUUCCAGAGCACUAUUCGGUGGACAUGUGCUCAUAAAUAUCAUAUAUAAAUAUCUGUUGGAUGUUCCAUGACAAGAGUUCUCUAGGAUUUCACAUAGACUUAGAUGAUAAAAGGCUGUGCAUGGGCGUCAAAGUUUAUUGUUCUUAUGGUUGAGAUUUCCGGAGUUUUUCAAAAUAUUAAUUCCCCAUUCAUUCUGGGCGGUGCUUUCUGAGAUUGAUGCUGGAAUAAAAUAAUAAUAUCUAAUAUACCAGAUUGUUUACUAUCAAGAUGAUUACAAUCGUGGAGUAAUCAUUAAAAUUUUAAGCAAUUUUGAAGCAUUGUAUGUAUGUGUGUGUAUUUUAGAUUUUCGUCAGUUAAACAUCUUUAUAAAAUUAUGUGAACUUUUAAGAAAAAUGUUUUAACUAUAACUCAAACUUAAAAAUCAAAUAGUUUUUAAAAAUACGAAUUUUACUGUUUAGUUUAUGCGCCUAUGAAAAUUGUGUUAUGGGGCGAACCCUAUUUAUUUAUUGCCUGUACAUAAAUCUGAUAGUUUGUAUUCUAUCAUUUAUUAUCUUAACUAACGUCUACACCAAAAAAUGAUAACCGCGUGCAGCUUAUCGUAGGUGACGUCACUGGCAAAAGACGCAACAUUUUCCAUAGGUGGUGGGUGCUGGGCAGAGGAGUUAUUCAUCCUAAUGUAUCAUCAGCCAAUAAGUGGGUAGAUAGAAUCACGUGACUUUGAAAGAGAGAGAGAGAGAGAGAGAGGUAGGGGCGGGUUGGAACACAUCAAGUUCUAAAGUUUAGAAUUUAAACUGCUUGCAAUGACGUAAAUGAAACCGAGUUGACCGCGCAUAUGCAUGUCUUAAGUCAUUGUCGUCACCUGGCUCACCAGAAGCAGAUCUUGCUGGACCCAAGAACGUCAUAAUUAUAAAAGAGCUCAAAAUCUCCACCACCGCCGAUUCAUAAGAAUAUGAGUGUAGAGGUUUUUAAUGUUAAACUAUAAUAUUCCAUCCGACUCUCAUGACCAAUGAAAUACUCCACUUCUGCUGGGAUAGAUCAAUGCCACGCAUACUGGAGUAGUGCGGCUCUAGUCGCGUUAUCUUCUCAUAUUCGAACAUUUAUAAAUAGACGCAGUUAAAAAUGGCGCGUAAAAAUUGCUCCCAUUCCUUUAUUCCCGCACGUGUGUGUAUGCGUGUGUAUGUAUGUGUGUGUAUGCUCCUGAUUAUUUUAUUUUUUUUUUAAAUUGUGACGCCCACGCUGUAAAGCAUACAAAACGUAGAUUGUUUUUUUCUUUCUAUUAUAGUGGAUGAAGGCAGAAAACAACCGGCUUUGAAAUGGCGUUAGUGGCAACAUUUUGUUGACCUGUUUUGCCAGUCUAGUGGCAACAUUUUGUUGACCUGUUUUGCCAGUCUAGUGGCAACAUUUUGUUGACCUGUUUUGCCAGUCUAGUGGCAACAUUUUGUUGACCUGUUUUGCCAGUCUAGUGGCAACAUUUUGUUGACCUGUUUUGCCAGUCUAGUGGCAACAUUUUGUUGACCUGUUUUGCCAGUCUAAGUCGUGAAUUCUAAAUGAUCGCAUAGUUUCCAUGUGAAGUCUAAACCAGGGCUGUUUUUUUAAGCGCUUCCCUUCAAUUAUGUCAAGCUCGCCCCUACCGGCUACCGUGUAGGCCUACUUUGUAGGUACUGUAUAGUUCGUGUACUUGUAGGUACUGUAUAGUUCGUGUACUUGUAGGUACUGUAUAGUUUGUGUACGUGUAGGUAUUGUAGACAGUGUAUAGUUUGUGUAGUUGUCAGUACUGAAUAGUUUGUGUACUUGUAGGUACUGUAUAGUAACGCCGUGGUCUUACGUCUAGCAACAAAACAUUUAAGGUCUGUUCGUGACUACUGUUACUACUAUUAUUAAAGGCUUUUUUUUUUUUUUAAACAUACCAUGGCGUCCAUGGAAACAAGCUUCCUGGCCAGGAGGUGUGGGGGUGGCAACAGGAAAUUGCUGAGAACUUAAUCAUUUGAAAUGAAUUACUUUUUUUCUAUGUUUGGAAUCAUGAAUGAGUCCGAUCCUGCUACAAUCCCCCCCCCCCCAGGCGCCCUCUGUAGAUUAUAUAAUAUAUCCUAAUACCAGCUCAUUGUUAAAAUGGCACCUCCCCAGCCCCACUUUUUCAAAAUAAACCCAUCUUAUUUCGUGGCUAGUCUUCCAUUGACACUCGAGUAACGUGGUCCGGUCCCAGUCUCACUAUCGGUACUGUCUGUCCCAGUCUCACUAUCGGUACUGUCUGUCCCAGUCUCACUAUCGGUACUGUUAACGAUUAAAUCCCACAGCGAUAGCAGUUACGUCCUUAGUGUAAGAUAAAACAUACACACAACAUUAAAUUUAAUAACAUAACUAACUAGAGUUUAGAUUUAAUUUUCUUCCUUUAAAAAUGUUAUCCUGUGGUCCGCUAUCACAGAUACCGAUAAUGUGGCUCCUAAGACUAAUAUCAAAUGCUGUUAAGCUUGGUGUAGAUAUAAAUAUGCCUAUAUGUUAUUGAUCCAACCACUUGAUGGUUCAUUCAUAGCUUGCUUUCUUAAUCUUUUUAUAGAAUCAGAAGCCAUUUAAAUUGACACAGUGUUUGCUGGGUGUCCUUCCAACUAAAAUGAUGUUAAAUGUUCACACAUUAAAUUUAUUAAUUGAGGAAUACCUUUAAAAAGAAGAAGAAAAAUCCCUAAGUGUGUCAAACAUGCUGAAAAGGGUGAAUGCUACUCUAAAUCGUAUGUGUGCGACUGAAUGAUUCCAAUCAUUCAACCUUUUAGAAUAAUUAUCCGGUCGAUGAAGCUUAAACUGACCGAACCUCCAACUAGACCCCCCUCAGAAGACCCCUCAGCCGACGCCGCGCCGAAUACGCCCCCGAAUUUUCGUCCGCCAAAAAUCCGCCAGAAAAUAUGGGGGGCGCCGCCCAUGAGCCGCCGUAUUUCAUCCGCCGAAAAAUGCACGAGUCGCCGUAACGUAAUAUUUUUGCUUUCUUACAUUUCAUGGCGUUCCGUUUUAAGGUAUCAGGUAUUGAGUGACAGAAACUGAAUGAAUGGAAUGCAUUCAUGCACGGUAUUAGUAGGACCGCAUAUAAAAAUGUGGGGUUUUUUCUAUUGUUUGAAAUAAUACAACUUUUUCUGAAGUAUUGUAAAAGUGUUUAAUUGCUGAAGUUUUAUUACUUCAUUAGCCGCAAAUGUCAAUUUACGGAGAAAUCCGGCUAAUCCGGAUAUCAGCCAGCCGAAAUUUAAAAAAAAACCUCGAACAUGGUUAAAAUCUUGAAGUCAAUCGAAAAAGGAUAUAAAUCAGAAACCAGUGACCACAAAAACAAAAAACGCACUGAGAAUGUAAAAAGCGUGAGACCACGCACAUUUAAUCUUUUAUCCACUCCUUCAAAAAUAAACACUCUCAAUGGCAACUAGUAGCAUUCCAGCAAGUGUAAACUUGUCAUUAAGUUGGGGCUUCGUGGCAUGUUGGCCACGGCUAAGUUAAGUUAUAAAAAAAAAAAUUAAAAGGUAAAUAAAUAAGAGUGCGACAUUACCGGAACUACACAAAGGGAAACGUAUUAUCUUUUCUUAAGAACGGGAUCGAAUUCCAUUCUGAAGACGUCUAUAAUAUAUCCGAUAGUCGUAUUUCUGGCCAGAUAUCGUUCAUGAGCUUUUCGGCUUUUGUUUGAACAGAAAUCUGGCACCGAUAACGAAAUCGAUUACAACAGUUCACAAUAAAGGUACAGAGAGUAGAAAGCACAUUCCGUAGCUGGCAUUAUAUUACUCGUUCAUUGAGUUCGAGCCGAAGAUUAGCCAGAAACGUGUUUUCUCUUGUCCCCCCCCCCCCCCUUUUUCCCCGCUGGCCGGACGCCAUAGGCUGACUUGUAAAUCUCUGGAAGACCUGUUGGAUCUGAGGAGUUUGCCCGCAUGCCGAGAUUUGCGGGUCUGCGUUUGUUUGUCCUAGUGAUAAGAAACCCUCCCGUGGUAGAUGUUACUGCUGUCAGUGAAACAUUUUCGAAAGAUCUUUAGGCAAACAUUAUACCCUUCUCAGCCCCUCACCUUGACGGUUGAACACGUCCCUCAGAACUGGUCCCUUGUGAAGAAGGUUGAAAGUACUAAGGUCAGGGGGUUAAAUAAAACAUUUACCCAAUAAUCAACCAGGACCUUCCAACUAAUAAAAUAGUAAAUACCGUAGUCCUGGAUGAUUAGUGUUAGUAACAUGUCACUUAAUGUCAGGAGAAAAAUAAAUAUCACAGCCCAUGUGAAGGUGUUAUAUACUUCAUUAAUUUCUGAUAUGUUAAGUUUUUUUAAUUUUUGGGUGGUUAAAUAAGGACAUAUCCGAUAAAACUCCUUCUCUGUUAAAAAAAACCCAUUUAUAAUGGACUUCUCACUAAACUGCUGACCUUUUAUUUUUUUUAAAGUUUUUAAAAUAAAAAAAAAAUAGGUAUUAUAAACAGGUUAAACAAUAGGCUAAAUACUGCAAUUCAGCUGUCUUGUGUUUAAUUAAAGAUUUAGGCCUAUUGUUAUAAGAUGGCUAGCAGCAGUAUAUCCGAUAAAUGUUUUCAUACCCACAACUAGCCAGUCAGUAAUUUUAUUUCCUUAUAGAGUUAAUAUUUAUUUAAGUUUCAAAUUUAUUCCAAAUCUUUAUUUUUUUAUCUAAUCUUCAAUACAUAUCUUGUUUGCUUUUGUAGUCCUCCUUGAAAAAACAAUGGGGUAUAGCCUUUAAUGGGUGUGACCCAACUUCUCAUAGAAAUUACAUGUUUAUUCCCAUCAGCAACAAGAGCAGGACCCUACCAACCUGUACAUUGCCAAUCUACCCAUAUACUUUAUGGAGAAAAAUCUAGAAAAUAUGUUCAAGGAGUAUGGGACAGUAAUUUCCACUAGAAUUCUUCGUAAACCAGAUGGCAUGAGUAGAGGUGUUGGCUUUGCUAGAAUGGAAUCAAAAGAGAAAUGUGACCAGAUUAUAAAUGCAUUUAAUAACAAGAUGUUGCCAGGUAUGAUCAAUAUAAAAAAAACUACAUUAAUCAGAAAUAAAUUUUAUCAAUGAUUGUUGUUUUCAGAAAUCUGAAGUUUACAAACAGCCAUAUAUCUGUACAAAAAAGUGCUAUCAACAGUCCAUUAAAUAUUUAAUAAUCUUUAAAAGAUUUAAUCUAAAAAAAACUUCAGCAAAAUAUCUUCAUGCUUUUAAGAUAGUUUAUUACAUUUUUUAGAUGUGUGUAAAAUUAACAUUUUCUCUUAUUUUAAAAACAAUCUUAGGCAGCGCAGAGCCUUUGUUAGUCAAAUUUGCCGAUAGUGGAAAUAAGAAAAAGACUGCAACUCCAGCUCUAACCCCUCGACUUUUUACACCUGGUCGUGAUGAUGCAAGUAUUUCUGUAAGUAAUCAAAUGCAUUUAUAUAAAUCUUCCAGAAAAAUCACCUAUGUCUCUUUUCACAUUAUUUUUUUUUAACCUGUUUUAUUUUUGUUUAAAUGUAGUCUCCUUAAACUUAAAAUUAUAAAAGAUAGCUAUUUAACUUGUAACAAAUGGAAUAAAAAGUACAUGAAAUAUAAGAAAAAGGUAUGCUAAACUUGAAUUAGACAGGACAAAAUAAAAAAAGUAGUAAGUUGAAAUAAUUUAAACUUAAACAAAUAGACUUAUUUAGUUGAUUAAUGUAUAAUUUUAUUUUUGUACAGGCACUGCAGUUUGCAUACGAACAGCAAGCACUAGCAGCUAAUUUAAAUGGGUAAGCUUAAAUGGAAUCAUUGGAAAAUUGUGUAUUAAUUCCAUUAACUUUUUCCUGGCUGCUUUAAUAUUUGUGUUUAUUACUAUGAAGUAAAUGUAUUUUAAUGGAUGAGGCUCAAAAUGUAUGGAGUUUCUCCUGGCUAUUGUUACUAAGUUAAGUAAGGUACCAUACAUGGCUUCAUUUUUGGGGGGCUGAAUUGAACCCCCCCCCCCCCUUUUCCUUCUCUUUUUUCCCUAACAAACAAAAAUCAAAAUUCUUGACCACUUGCCCCCCCCCCCCGGCCUCCUAUAUGGAUGGCCUCUAAUCAUUACAUAAUCUAUAUAAUUUGAUAUAACAACAUGCCCCUAUCUUUUAUCCCCACUCUUUAUUUAUUGUGCUAUUAUUGUUGUUUUUUUUCUCAGGCAAUUUAUUAACUAUGGUGUGCCAACUCCAACAAUUAUGCCAGCUGGGCUCAUGCCUAGAGGUUACACAUCAGUAGCAGCCACAACACCAGUAACCACCUAUCAGAUGUCCUCCAAUCCUGCUGCCACCGGCUGGAUGCCUCAGUAUUUGGUACAGCCUCAUCAAAUGCCACAUGUAAGUAUUGUUUAAAUUUCUACCUUGGUUCUCAUAAAUCUUUUUCUUUUCUUGUUUAAAAAAUGUAUCCAUUAUCAGGCUCUUACCAAAAGUUUCAUUAAUAAUUUGUGGUAACCAAAUUGUUUCAUUUAGACCCAUAUAAAAUUGUAAAGUUGGUCAUUCCUUAUGAUUUCAAUUAUACAUUAAUUAUUAUUUGGAAUAAAACUAUCUUCAGCUGAACAUCGAAUCACAAGCAUGUUGGUUGUGCUACAAGUAAUACCACUUGAUAAACUUACUUAUUUAUUGCAUAAUAAGUGGGAAUGUGGGAAUGUGCGUCUUUAGGGUUAAGAUCUCAUAACACACUUACAUCAUAAUAAACAUAAAGUGCUGUAAUAUUUGCAUGGUCUACUAUCAGAAAAGAGAGGCUGAAAAGGCUAUGCAUGUUUGUUUUUUUAAUUAAACCUAACAGGCAAUAGAUAAUUAUGGGAAAUAGUAAAAUAUUUAAAUAAAUUCAGAAAUAUCUCAAUUCUUCUUGAGUUAAUUAGACUAAGCUUUACAUAACUGGUUGCUCAAUUUCACCACUUUGCCUGACCCCUAAAACAUGCACCAUUUUUUAAUCUAUUAAGUAAAAUGCAUGGUCAUCUUGAGUAAAGUGGAUGUGCUUGACUACUUUAUUUAGUGCAUUUCAAUGUUGUUAUGCAUGUUUUAUGUCACAUUGUCAUCAACUUGAAACUAAUUAAUUGCUGGGUGCAAUGCACUGUUUAUGAUAAAAAAAAUAUUUUUACCUUCCCUAGACUCAAUAAAAUUUACUGACUGACCUAUAAUUAAUUUGAAAAUAAGAUUUAAAAAAAAAAAAAAAAUUAAAGAAACUAAGAGUAGUUCAAUAAAAAUUAGUUGAGUGUAAUAGUUCUCUUUGCAUUUAUUGAUCCCUUACUAUUAUUCACACCAAACUUAGACAUUUUAAAAAAGCCUGCCUGCAUGAGAAGGAAGAAAAACAAAAUUAUUUUGGACAUUGUAUAGAAACUGAGAUGUAUUGCUUGCAGGAAAUCUUUAAUAUAACCCUGAGUGGAGAUAUAUUUGAAAAAGAAAUGUUGCAUAAAAUCUCAAUUUUUUUAAUAGUAACAGUUUCAAAAUAAAUGUUUUCUAAAUAUAGGUUUAAAAAAAAUAAUUAAAAAAUGUAUAUAGUCUAUCUACUGAAACAUCAUGUGUGGAUUCCUUUCAAGAUAGAAACAUAUUUUUUUACUCUGUAAAAGUCAAACAUAAUGGAUGACUGACAAAUGUUAAAAAGACUCUUUUUUUUUUUUAUAUUGUCAUGAAAUGACAUGUACGGGCCUACUUCCUUUAUCUUAACCUCUUAUGUUCUCCCUUUACUUCUUUUGUUCAAGUUAUCAAUAAUUCUUGAUACCAUCAAAAUUUCUUUUCCAUCUGUGUCGAAAUGAAUUUAAGGAAAAUUAAUACUGAAAACCUAAUGGUUGCAGAUAGGUAAAAAAAAAUAGAUUCAGAUUCUUAUCAGGCACUAUAUUUUCUGGCAGGAAGUCUUGAAAAAAUUUUAAAAUUCAAAUUUUGUAACUUUUAAGAUUUUCCUGUUACAAUAGCAUAUCAUAAAUAGAAUGGUUAAUUGCCUUUUCUGCCAAAUUAUGAAAUGUUUUCUAAGCCUAAAAGUGGUUUACUUAAUUGCGGAUUAUUGUGGGUAUGUUUGUCAUGACACUAAUAAAUGUUCCAUGCAAAACAUCGUCACAAACAUCGUCACAAGCAUCGUCACUAUUUUCCAGUAUCUGCUGUAAAAUAUAAUUUUUAAUUUUAGUUUGACAGUUCUCAUUUUCCCAAUCUUCUUUAGUCUUCUGAAGAUGGCAGUGGCCUUCUUGAUUCUGGGUUUUAUUACAUCCGCACUUGAUCUAUCUAAGCUGAAACUGCUGGCCAGGUAUGUAGUCAUAGUCGCUUCCUUUGAAGGACUGCAGAAUGAAUUAUGGACUGCUAGUCUCGUCCGAAUAGUCUUCCCUUAAAAUAGAUUAUUAUUGCAAUAAUUAAAAGCAAGAAUUAGGUAUUCUUUGCAUCGGGAAGUAAUAAACAUGUAUAGAAAUUUGCUACAAGUACCAGUAUUAAAAAGUUCUUGAAGUCUUGGGCUCAAUUUCUCUAUAACUUUCAAAUUAAGAAGGAAAAAAUAUGAUAUUUAUCUCUCUCCAUUGAAAACAUUGAUGCAAAUUUCCAUCUCAGGGUCACUGCUCCUUUUUCUGGUGGAGAUUGUUGAAAGUUAGUAUUUCCAUCCUUCACUGGUCAGAUGGCAUAGAUCUGCUUAUAAUGUAUUGAGAAGUUGGCUGUCAUAUAAGUUCCAUUUUUGGCUUUAGUAAGGUUACUGACUACUAAGAUUUCAAUCUUUCAUGAAACUGGUUUGUUUGUAAGGACGUCAUCAUGGAAUUUCAACACAUGUUGAUUUGUCAGUCAGUAUUAAAUGUGCAUGGAAAUGUUAGGAUGGACUGAUAUUUAAUUAGUUUUUAAAUAUUUAGCAUGUUAAACUAAACUGAACACAUCAAGUAUUUUAAUGGACAAGCACAACAAUAAAUGACAUGAUUGGGUUAUUUUUCAAAUUAAAUGUUAUAUUAUUAGUCAAACAUCCCCCAUAUCAUUGAUGGGGGUUCAACUCAUUGACUUUGUGACAUGUCCCACCCAUUCUUGCACAGUUUUGUUUUAUCUGUUUGAUGUGCUGGCAUGUGUUGUGUUGUGUGGCUGUGUGUAGCUAACAGUGUGGUGUCUCUAAUCUCCAGAUACUGCCAACAACAGCAGUCCACCCUGAACUGGCCGCCAUGCUGGAUACUGGUGUGCUGAUGUAACACCUUGUCAGUAGCACUCCUCCUUACCACCACUACAGCAGCCUCAUUGUGUCAACCUGCCUUCCUUGUGUGUCUGUGUGGGGCAGAGUCUUCAUUGUUCAUAUUUGUUGUUUGCAACCAUUUCAUCAUCGGUCUAGAUCAUUUGAAUUUGCAACUUUCCAUUCAUUUUUAUCUCUUUGUUUUAAAUUUUGCAUGAGAAACAUGCUAAUCUGUCCAUACUUUUAUGGUACAGCUAUGCAGAUUUCUUCAUAGAUUAAUUUUUAAAUGACCAUUUUAACAUUACUUUGAUAUUGUGGAAUUAUUUCCUACGUUUUUACUAAGUUUACCCCACAUUCAACCUUUGACCCCAUGCAUAAUUCUGGUGUCUGGCUUUCUUCUAGUAUAUCAUAUAUACUCCUGAGGAACUAUCCAGCUACCAGAAUUCUUUUUUUCAAAUUCCCUUUCCACUUUGCACUUAACAUCACUGUCUAAUAAGUGAAAGAAAAUUCCUGAAGAUGUAGCUGUAUUAUAUUAUUUAUGAAAGGUCCAGUAAACACAUUUUUAGAUGGUACAUUUUUUCUUUUGGUAAUUUCCUUGUCUUUUGUUUUUUCAAUUUCUCAAAUGUACAAGUUAACUAAAUGUACAACAGUAAUAAAUUUGGAAAAAUGUGAAAUCAUUUCUCUGCAGCUGUGAUAGAUUUGACUUAUAUUUAAAAAAUUGCAUAUUUAUUAAACCUCAUAAAAUCAAAUACUUUACAGUACUAGCAAUAAUGGAAUUUUUUUUUUUGUAUUACGUUAUAGUAUGAUUAGUGUACAUGUUCUAUUUUUUAAGUAAAUGUUUUGAAAAUUAUCUUUGUCAUAUCAUAUUAGUGAUGAAUAAUGCAAAUCUCAACCUAUCCUCACUUCUUUUUGGUAUGAUCUUUGUCCUUUGUUAAAAAAAAAAGUAAGAAUAAUAAUAAUUUAAUUUAAGGUGUAGGAUAUUGAAAAAAAAAUCUGAAAUGGUGACAUGUCAUGAUAUCAUCAGGAUUAUUUCUAUAGCUUUUAUUUCUUUGUUUUUGCCACUUUUAAAUCUGUAAAUAACUGUGUACUUCAUUGCCUGGAAGAGGAAGGACCAAUGAAUGAAUAGAUGCAUUGUUAGAAAGUAGAUAGAUACAAGGAGGAAUGUGCAUCUUGUUCAUAAUUAUUCAUCUUAUUUUAAUGAAGCAAUUUUUUGGUUUUCUAAUUUUUGAAAAUCAAAGUCAAUAAUUUGAAGUUUUAAUUUUUAUGCUAUGCAACUUUUAAGAUGUUCUUUGAUUUUUAAUUAGUUUUCCCCAGAAGCAUGAAGUUUUUCUGUUUUUUUACUGAAAUGCCUGUAUAUUUUAUUUUUUUUGCUUGACUUUGAGCAUAAAGAAAUGAGGUAAACCUAUUCAUUUCCAAAAAUUGUUCUGCUAGCAAGAUCUUUGAGUUAAUUUAAAGCUUAGCCACAAGUUGAAAUAACCUAUUCAUGGUUCAUUUUGGUUUUGAACUUUUUAGUGCAUGUGUUUGUUCUGGAUAUGAAAAGCUAACAUUUCUGAACCUGUGUGCUGAAGAUUUGUUCAUAUGGGCUGACAUUAUAAAAGUAAAAUCACAUUGAGAUAACACCUUCCCCCACCCCCUUUUCUCCUCCUUCAACAGUAUUUAAAUGAGCGUUCUUACAGAAUGAAUUUUCUUUUCAAACAAGAGCCGGAAAAUGAGGAGAUUCUUUACAUGGCACUGCCAUCCUGGGUUAGAUCUAAUUUUACCACUUUAGUUGAUGAUGCUGCUGUUCAUUUACAGAUGGUAACCAGCAGUACCCAUCCGGGUUCGGGCGGUACGCUCGAUCCAACAUCCAUGAUUCCACAACUGACUGCCCAGAUGGGACAGCUUCAACUAUCAACAACUUCGGUAGGCAUCUAGCAUGUCGCCUAGUGGCAAAUCUAUCUCAGUUUGAAGACUCUUUAAUUUUGUUUCUCCCUGCAGCUGUCACACCUAAAAAAAAUCUUUCGCCCCAUCGGUUAAAAUGCUUGACAUCACCUUUGCUGGUAAAUGCUUCCUUGAAAGAUUAGCAAAGUGUCAAUUUUACUUCUUAGAUAAAUUUUCUCCAUUGUGUAAGAUAAAACCAAGAACUCUUUGUCUUGGUUAACUAAACUACCAAUUUGACUAGAGCAGUCUGCUAUAAAAGCAUGAUGCAUUGAAAUGCAUGAAAAGUAACUAUUUGCCCUGCUUCUCAUCUUUAGCAUGGCUUGAGCUGUAGAUCAAGUAAUAUCAUGAAUAGAUCAUUUAAAUAUAUGCUGUUCCACAAUUUGGUACAAGUUCUUCCAUUUCUUCUGUUUUUGUCUCAGGGAUUCUUUCUUAGUUAUUGUUUCCAAUGUCUUUUUAACCUAACAAAAGAACCAAUACCCCAUUCUUUAUACAGACAUGAGUUGCUAGAAAGGAGAGGAGUUAUGGUUCUUGUUGAAAGCUUGGCUAUAAAUAUUUUAAUGGGUUCAGUUUUAUUUUGACAUUUUUUUUGUAACUUGUGGUUUUAAGUCUUUAGUAAUGCUCAUAGAUCUGACUAGCCUGGUAAGAAAGGUAAUUGAGCAUGUUAUUUUGCUGCUACCAAAGCUCUGUUUUGUAAAAGCAGUAAGGGUAAAUGAGCAUUUUUGUUUAAAGUUUACAUUUUUAAUGGGUUUUUUUAAAUCUAAUAACAAAAUCAUAGAGUAUCAACGUUAAAAAAUUCCGGAAAAAAAUUAAUCGCUGUAUUUGUAUUCAAAAUAGAAAUUUAAAAUGGCAGGCAGUUUUAAUAUUCAUUUUAGAUUGUUGAUACAGGAAUGGGACUUAAUUGUCCCUUAUGCAUAAUUGUAUAGUGACAUUAUUUUAGCAAAUAUAUAUGAUUGUUACACAUUUUUAAGAAACAAAAAAUGAAUUAAUACUAUUUUUGUACAACUUUUUCUGCUGUGCAUAUGAAAUAUUUAGGAUUAUCUAAUUUAAAAUAGUCUAUCUAAACUUGGUCUUAAAAUGUAUUUGAUGGCUUCUCUACUUUUUGUUUUACAUGUACAUAAACUUUUCAUUACUUUGAUUUUUUUAUUAAUCGCUGGUGUUUCUCUAAUUUUAUGAUUGCCGGUAUUCAAACUUUUUUUUUUUCCUUCAUUCUUUUCCCAUUGACGAAUGCUUCACUUCAGUUUCAUAGUAAUGUAUUUUAGUAUAACCUCCCUUUCAACCAAAGAAUUUUAUUGAAAAUCCAGUUUUUUUCACAUAUAGUUAACUACUGAUGUGAAUUCAUCAAUGUUGACCUUUUAAGGCUAUAAUUUCCAUAGUAUAGAUGUGGUAAUUUGUAAUGUUUUUUAUUUAGGUUUUACAAGAGUGUAAUUUUAACAUUCUAUUUAUCUGGAUAUCCGUGGUGUUCUUAACUUUGAUGUUAAAUUAAGUUAAUGAAUCAUGAGUGGAACCACUGCUGAUAUAUGUUUAAACCAGCACAUGCGCAAAGUGAAUAUAUAUGCAAAGAUAUCUAUUGAUGAUGAAUUGUGCCCCUUUAUUAUAAAAUAUGUACAGGUUCACUUUUUUGAACUUUUGAUGUAAAUAAAAUAACUCAAUCAUCCCUUUCACAGUUUUAUAAACCAACCAAGUGUCUGCCAUAAAUUCACAGUUUGGAACAAAAGUCUAUUUAAGAUUUGAUAUUUUUGUUCUUAUCACUAUUAGGUGCUGAAUUCGUUUCUUUUUAGAUAUUACUUCUAUAUACAUUUUAGCAAAUAUAUAUAAGCAUUAAAAAAAAAAAUUCAAGCAUGUGUAAUCAAAGCUGAAACAAAUGUCUGUAAUCACUAUAUUUUAUACAGUGCUAAAUUAAUCCUGCGUGUGCACGGCGUGAAUAAACAAUGGAUUUUAUUCACAGUCAGUUUCAUGUCAAAGUAUUCACUUGUCAUUUUAGAAAAACUAUUCAAAUAAUAUAUGGAAAUGCCUGUAACGGAAGGAAGUUAGUCUUAAAUCUCCAAAUAUAAUUGGCUAGAAUAAUAUAUAUUUAUAUUUUUUUAAAAUAAAGAACUUUUUUUUUUCCAUUUUUUUUAACAGUGUUAAUAUGCACUACUUUAAUAUAAUUAAACACUCUAUAAGCUUCAAAUUUUUCAACAUUUAUGAAAUGAAUUAGGUAGUAACAGUCUAACAAGUUAAUCUCAACUUUAUAUCUAUAAUUUAAAAAAAUAUUAUUUCUGCUUUCUUUGUCUAUCUUAGUUUGAUUUAUAUUAUCAUAAAUCUUUAAGUGUUGGUGAGUUACAUGAAUACCAGCAAACCUAUUUGUACAGAUCUAAUUCUCAUCAAUCAAAUCACUUCUUUUGAAUAUCGGCGUUUCAUUUGUGACAGGAAUUUUUAAUUUUAAAAUGUUUGUGUAAAUUGUCCUUUUUAUUGCUUUAGAAUGUAAAAACUCAUGGAUAAGAAGACUGCAAGGGGAUUUGUUUAAAUUUACAUUUUUCAAAGAUGUAUGCACACCUAAUACCUCAGAGAUGAAAGUCUAUGUAGACUGGCCUUCCCUUGAGACAUUUACAUUGAGUCUACAUUUUUAAAUAUCUGUCCCACCACCUUCAAUUGACACUUAAAAUUCUAAAACUUUAAUAAUUUUUUUAAUGAUUGAUUUUUUUUUCUUUCUAAUUUAUAAAAACUCUGAAGUAUUAGUACAUUUUCCUGGAACUACUUUUUUAUAAUUCCCCUCCCCAACCCCUCCCCCUUUUUUCCCUAAAAACUUGUAGAGAUUGAAAAUAUGUUUUGACUUGCCAGUUACUAAUUGAUGCAUUGAAGAUGAAAAUUGGCAAGUGCCAGAAUGAAUUUUUAGACUUUGAACCUAUACAUGAUACACAUGAUUUAAAUUUUAAUGCAAAUGACACAAAUUCUUAACUGUACAAAGGUUUGAUUAUUUGCUGUGCUGUUCUUGCUGCUAGGAUGUAGAAAUGGUUCCGCUAACAUUCCAGUCAUCCUGGCUGCUCCACCCACCUCAAGAGGCUUUCACUUGGUCAUCAACAUAAGGGUGGGGGGGGGAGCAAAGUCCUCACUAUAAGAGGGGGCAAAUCCCCACUAUACGAGAUUGUAAAGUCCCCACUAUACGAGAUUGUAAAGUCCCCAUGUAAGAAGGAGUAAAGUCCCCACUAUAAGAAGAGAGUUGCCUAAUGUGCCACCCAGGGUGAAAGCCUCUCCAAAUAGAAUUGUGUGUACAUCAUUGCUUUUUAUUUGUGGUGGUGGGUGUUUUUGUUUUGUUUCAUACAUUUUUUUUUAUUCAAGAUCUUGUGUCAUAAUUUAUUUGUCCUAUUUCCCUCAAGCUGUCGAUGAAAAAGAGAAAAAUGCAUUAAGUUGGCACAGAUCAAAGAGUAGAAUUAGUUGAAUGUUUGACCGUAAGGAGUUUGUGUUUUGGAGUCUUAUCUACUACAUAAACUUACAAACCUGCCCAUGGAAACAGCACACUGUCAAAAUAAACAUUACUAUUAAUAUAUUUUUAAUCUCUGGAUCACAUUUGUUAUAAUGUUUCUCCAUAUUAUAGUUUCCAGAAGCUGUAAUAGUGGGGGAGCCUCUGCUAAUAUUUGACACAUUGUAUACAUUAUCAUUACUUCAAAAAUCUAGCUGAAAUUUUACAAUUGCUCUGAAAUGUCGGACAUUUCUUAUUUAAAAUUCGUAGUAGAUAUCUACAAACUGAAUCAUAAUAAAUUAUCUAAUAACUUGUACACAUAAAUCUACAUAAUACUUUAUCUCUACAAUGAAUGUAUCUCAAUGGAAACAUAUUUUAAAGGAUAUAAAUGAAAACUAGCGAAUCCAGUAGAUUUCAUUAUUUGAUUAUUUAAUGCAUUAAAUUGCGUUUGUAUCAUUUCUAGGGACCCCAUUUCAAAACCUAAAAGAAAUCAUUCACUCAUUUCUUGGUUGGAUAGGAGCCCCCUGUUACAGUUCCCUACAGUACAUGAGCUCUUAAUCCAAGGAACUAGGGUAUUUCCGAUACGCAUUUUCUGAGGCAGUAGAAUAACAUUACUUACACAAGAGAGAUGUUUUCAUGCCAUGGGAGUCAGUCCUGUACUGGAUGCCUUGUUUCUGGGGGACAAGGCACCCAUUUCUGAGUGCAUUUGUUUUUUCUCUGUUCUCCAUUGAAAUAUCAAAGUAGAUGAAAAGGCCUUUCAAAUGAUCUACAAUAUAGCUGUUUUAAAGUGAGCACUAAUUCUCUAGGAAAAUAAAUCCAUAAUGUAUUAACAUCAUGGGCAAGGUGUUUCUAAUUACCUCUACUAAUUGUGAACACACUUUUAUUGCUGUUCCAGUUAGAGAAAAGACUCCAAAACCUUAUGAGUAUCUGUAGUAUGAUUGUGCUUUUUUUGGUUAAGAGGGGCCAUUUUUUUAAAUAUUUUUUUUUGGUUGCUUUUUUAUACAAUUUUUACAAAUGCUGCAAGUAUAAUUUUUUAAUGUUCCUCCAUUGUUUUUGCCACACAGCCUUCAUAGGUUGAAGAAAUCAUCAGAAUUCAUCUCUGAUACUAAUUUCAAUUUAAAAAGCUUCUGACUUAACUUUUUGUCUGAAAAUGUUCCUUCUUUAUUUUUGUUGAUAACUUCCCAUGUUUCAAUGACUUAGAUGUAGUUUCUUUGCCUUUGGCUCUCUUCUCAUUUCUCUGUCUCUCUCUCUCUUUUGCACUGUCAUCUUAGUUUUUGGGUAUGUGAAAUGGCAUGCAGUUUAGAUGACAAAAAAAAAUAAAAAAUAAACAUCUUUUUUUAAAUCUC